UGCACCGCAGAACUGUCAAACCGCCUCCGACGGGCACCCGGCUCGAACGCCUACCUCAAUCGCUACAAUUCAUUAUUGUAUCGCAGUGCAGUGACUCAGUGUGUAAUUCGUAAAACUCGCAUGACGGAAAAUAGAUUAAGGAGAUGAACGGCAGUACGACGACGGUGAAUGGAGGCGCCGUCAAUGGAACCAGUGGAACUCUCAACGGAAUUGGUGCAGCUCCACGUACCGCCACUCUAGGAACUCCUAGUAGUUAUGCGUACACUUCUACUGGGUCUUUGCUAGGUCGUGGCGGAGCUGCAAGGCCGGUGCCCCCGCCAACAUUGCCAAAGUAUAGCGGGUCAUUCAGCGCUGGAAGCUCAACAGGUCUCAGAGAGCGCGACAGAGAGGGAACUGGCGGAUCGCACCGCUUGGCUAGCCUAGAAAGAUUGGCCCUCCGUCAGCGCAUCAUCGAACACAAUGCUAACAAUCAGGUGUCGAGCUUGUCGUCAUUCUCCAGUAUCACUUCAAACGGCGGAAUCACCUCCGCGACCGUCACCCUUACCGAUACGGCAACGUUACAAAGUAAACGCGAGCUGUUCUUCAAGUCCGAAACUGUGAGCAGCGGCGGGGUGAGCACAACGGGCCCGCCGAGCGCGGCGCCGCCGGCGCCGCCACUCGCUCCCUCGGCGCUCAAGGACGCGCUCGCCAAACGCUCGGCCACCCUUCCCGAGCCGCACGAGAGCAACCAUCACGAGCCCAACGGUACCGCCGCCACAGCCAAACUCACCAACAGCGCCUCUAUUGAUGUCGCUAAGACGAAUAACGCCGUGCCACCCGCUACCCCCGCGCCCCCCGUACCCAACUCUGCCCCGCCGGCCGCACCACCGCUCCUCAGGAGUACAGACAACAUUAAGAAACCUGACCACCCACCAGUUGCGCCAAAACCAGAAUUACCUAAGCUAGAGAAGCCAAAGACCAAAGAAUUAGACGGAUAUGUCGGAUUUGCAAAUCUCCCAAAUCAGGUCUACAGAAAGGCCGUGAAAAAAGGAUUCGAAUUCACAUUAAUGGUUGUAGGUGAGACCGGGUUGGGCAAGUCAACGUUAAUAAAUUCGUUGUUCCUGACGGAUGUAUAUGACAAGGAUAAGCACCCGGGGCCGUCACUGCGGGUUAAAAAGACAGUAGGUGUCGAGACCAGCGUGGUGCUGCUCAAGGAGAACGGCGUCAACCUCACGCUCACUAUCGUCGACACACCCGGUUUCGGAGACGCCGUCGACAACAGUAACUGCUGGCAACCAAUAAUCGACUUCGUUGAAUCGAAGUAUGAAGAGUACCUGAACGCGGAAUCGCGUGUCACGCGCAAGGCGGCGCUGCAGGACACACGCGUACACUGCUGCCUCUAUUUCAUCGCGCCUAGCGGCCAUGGGCUGAAACCCCUCGACGUCGAGUUCAUGCAGCGACUCGGAGACAAGGUCAACAUCAUACCAGUAAUCGCCAAGGCAGAUACGAUGACGCCCGAAGAAUGCAAAGACUUCAAAGAACAGAUAAUGAAAGAAAUAACACAACACAAGAUAAAGAUCUACGAUUUCCCUGAGAGCACGGGCGAAGAAGGCGACGGCGCAGAGGCGACGCGGGUGUUGCGCCGGCGCGUGCCUUUCGCGGUGGUGGGGGCUAACACUAUAAUCGAACAGGACGGACGGCGGAUUCGUGGUCGCAAGUACCCUUGGGGAAUCGCAGAAGUUGAAAAUUUAGAGCACUGCGACUUCAUUGCGCUGCGUAAUAUGGUAAUCAGGACGCAUCUGCAAGACCUCAAAGAUGUGACCAGCUCGGUCCACUACGAGAACUACCGCUGCCGCAAGUUGUCAGGCCUCACACACGACGGCAAACCUCACAGGAUCAACUCUAACAAUUUGUACCCGCAAGGACUGAUGAACAGUUUCAUGACCGUGUGGAAUCCUUUGGCUCAGAUGGAAGAGGAAAAGAGAGAACACGAUCUUAAAAUGAAGAACAUGGAAAGUGAAAUGGAAAAGGUGUUCGAGAUGAAGGUGCGCGAGAAGCGCGCGAAGCUGAAGGAGUCGGAGACGGAGCUGGCGCGGCGGCACGAGGCCACGCGGCGCGCGCUCGAGGCGCAGGCGCGCGAGCUGGAGGAGCGGCAGCGCGCCCUCGACGCCGAGCGCACCGCCUGGGAGCGCGACACCGGCCUCUCGCUCGACGACCUGCGCCGCCGCUCGCUCGAGGCCAACAGCAAAGAGACGGUAGACGGCAAAGACAAGAAGGACAAGAAAAAGAAAGAUUGGUCUUUUAAGAGUGUUGCAUCCGGGAUAGUACUCUAAUUAGGCUAUGGCUUCGCACUUAUUGCGUGUGCUAUAGGUGUAUGUCGUAGCAUAAUGAAACAACGAUUUUUGAAGACUACCUUAUGUAAUACUAUAGCAUUGUAUCUUUUCAUAAAUGACGCGUUGUGGCCUUCGAUUCGAAACAAAACUGGGCGUAAUGAGAUUAAUUUUAUACAUAAUAUUUAUUUAUUUAGAAGAUUUUUUCCAUGACAAAGCAUUUAUUAUUGUAAGUGGGGCCUAGUUUUCUACUGCUUCUGUUUCUAAAUGCUUUUUUGUAAACUUUUUAUACGAUCACUUUAUUUUGGAGUCUAUGAAUUAAAAUUUCAAGCUUCUAUACUGUGGAGAAGCACAAAGGUUUAUUUAUACCGCUUAUGAGUCGACAUUUUCGUCCACAAAGAUGCCAAAUAGGUUGUAAUAACUGUCUGCUAUAAUGAAUGUCUACACUUUAUUGUAUUUACGAUUAAAUAUUCUAUGCUGAGGUCUAAUAGUGUACUAGGAACAGCGACGUGAUUUAUUCAGCUCAAAGUCAGUGUGAAAUUAAACAUAGGCACUAAAGCAGUACUAAUAAAUAUAGCAUAAGGGUCUUUACGAACGCUAGUAUCGAUUGUGUGCGAAUUGUAUUUUUCAUUAUAUUUACGAGAAAUAUUACGUAGUUAUUUGACAAGUUUGUAUUAGUGACUACACCAUUCUAAAUUUUAAAUAAAUAACAUAAAAAUGUAUUUUUUACUUCGAUAUUACAAAUUACGAUUUCGGCUUUAUCGGUGCAUUAUAAUACCUAGUUAUGAUGGUGUGAAUUGGCACUGCAUUUGUUAUGUACGUCGGUAUAUUAUGCUUAGUGAAAUCGAAUAUGCUCAUAGUCAGUUGUGAGAUAGACUCUAGCUUUAGCUAGGUGUAGAUUUUCUUAAUAAUAAUGUUUAAUGGGAGGAAGUAUCUGCAGGUCACGGAGCACGGAACUAACUGACUAGAGUGAGAGCGUGAUUUAAGCGAAUUUGAAAAAGAGACAAUUUUCUUUGUCAUAACAUUUUGUACCUUAUCAGCUUGUGCGUUGGAUUUACUAUGAUGACUCAGAAUGACUUUUGUUUACAUGAAACUCAAGACAAUUAUAUAGUUUCCAUUCUCCAUCGGCUCUGGUCGCUUAGUGCAGUGCGUUUUACAACUAUACACACACACACACACGCGCGGUUUGGCGAUAUUCAAUAUUAUAUGUAUUUUAAAAUAUUCUUUAGUCGAAUAUUACAAUGUUUAUCAAGGUUUGAAUUAAAAUCUUCGGCAAUUCUUAGGUUUUAGUGAUUCUAACAUUAUUCACUAUACCGUAUUUUAUUCAUACUAGUAAUGCUUGACAUUUCUAUCUGUUUUCUGUAAAUAUUUUCAUUUAGUCGUUACGAUUUUCAUUAUAAACUUAUAUAUCAAAGUUAUCAAGGAAAUGAUGCGUAACUGACAUGCAUAAUUUUUCAUUUAAUCAGCAUGCCAUGGUUAAAUUUUGUAUUAUUUACUACACUCAGUAUUGACUUCCGCAUUAAAGUUAGGAACUUAGAUAAUAAGACUAUGCUUAAUUUUGUAUUUUGUGUAGGGCUACGGCUCAUUUUACCAUACUGAUCAUUUGCUUAGUCGCUACGAUGGAUA